AUGACCGCGCUCUUCAACUUUCAGUCCCUCCUUCUAGUCAUUAUCCUCCUCGUCUGUACCUCGACAUACAUACAUCAGAUGUUCCCCGCGAUUCUCGACCGGAACAAGGAUGGCUUGAUGGGCAUCUUCUGGAAAUGCGCAAGGAUAGGCGAGCGGCUGAGUCCGUAUGUUAGCAUAUGUUGUAUCUUCAUGGCGGCGGAUGGCAAUCAGGAGAUGGAGGACAACAAUGGAGAUGACGAUCUGGCGGGCUUGGGGACACCGACACUUUGCGACUAUCGACGCCCAGAACUCAGCACACCUGGCCAAUCCCUCUCGGUAAAGCGAGAUCGACAGGGUCUUUGUGGGACUUGGAAGCAGUGGACGCCCUACCGACAAUGCUGGACUCCAUGA